UCUGGACUGGUUGUCAACUUCCUGCUCCACCUCUGGAUAGGCUUAUUUUUGCAGCUGAGCGAACAAAUCAGCCGUUUUGUAGCUAGAUAAAUAAAGAGACACCGCUGCGCGACAGGUCGCGGCACCAACGCUGCCAUCAUGUCUGGUACAGCGACGGUGUUGCAGCAAUUCGUGAGUGGCCUAAAGAGUCGCAAUGAGGAUACCCGCGCCAAAGCAGCAAAGGACCUCCAACAUUAUGUGACAACAGAGCUUAGAGAGCUGAGCCAAGAUGAAGCCACCACUUUCUAUGAUGAGUUGAACCACCACAUAUUUGAGCUGGUCUCCAGCUCUGAUGUGAGUGAGAAGAAAGGUGGAAUCCUUGCCAUAGUGAGUCUCAUUGGAGUGGAGGGAGGCAAUGCCACCAGGAUCAGUCGCUUUGCGAACUAUUUGCGCAACCUGCUGCCUUCCAGUGACCCUGUGGUGAUGGAGAUGGCCUCUAAAGCCAUGGGUCACCUGUCCAUGGCAGGCGACACCUUCACCGCGGAGUAUGUUGAGUUUGAGGUGAAGAGGGCACUGGAGUGGCUGGGAGCAGACAGGAAUGAGGGCAGACGUCAUGCAGCGGUGCUGGUGCUGAGGGAGCUGGCCGUCAGCGCACCCACGUUCUUUUUUCAGCAGGUCCAGCCUUUCUUUGACAACAUCUUCUACGCGGUGUGGGACUCCAAACAGGCCAUCCGUGAGGGGGCGGUCUCUGCUCUGAGAGCCUGCCUUAUUCUCACCACCCAGCGUGAGACCAAAGAGAUGCAGAAACCGCAGUGGUACAAGCAAACCUUUGAGGAGGCCGAGAAAGGCUUUGAUGAGACCCUGGCCAAGGAGAAGGGGAUGAACAGGGAUGACCGUGUGCACGGUGCCCUACUGAUCCUGAAUGAGCUGGUUCGCAUCAGCAGCAUGGAGGGAGAGCGUAUGCGUGAGGAGAUGGAGGAGAUCACGCAGCAGCAGCUGGUGCACGACAAGUACUGCAAGGAGCUGAUGGGCUUCGGAACGAAGCCGCGCCAUAUCACACCCUUCACCAGCUUCCAGUCCGUGCAGCCGCAGCAGUCCAACGCCCUGCUGGGCCUGCUGGGGUACAGCACACCGCAGGGCUUCCUUAGCUUCGGGGCCACGCCCGUCGCCUCCAAGAGCACGCUGGUGGAGAGCCGCUAUUGCCGAGAGCUCAUGGAAGAGCGAUUUGACCAGGUGUGUCGCUGGGUGCUGAAGUAUCGGACCAGUAAGAACCCUCUGAUUCAGAUGACCAUCCUCAACCUGCUACCACGGCUUGCUGCCUUCCAGCCCCACACUUUCACUGAUCAGUAUCUGUCCGACACCAUGGGUCACCUGCUGGGCUGCCUGAAGAAGGAGAGGGAGCGCACUGCUGCCUUCCAGGCUCUGGGCCUGCUGGUGGUGGCCGUCAGGACGGAGAUUCAGCCCUACCUCACCAAGAUCCUGGAGAUCAUCAAAGCUGCUUUGCCUCCCAAGGACUUUGCCCACAAGCGCCAGAAGACCAUGCAAGUGGACGCCACAGUGUUCACCUGUAUCAGCAUGCUGUCCAGAGCCAUGGGUCCUACCAUUCAGCAGGACAUCAAAGAGCUGUUAGAGCCCAUGUUAGCGGUUGGACUAAGCCCGGCUUUGACUGCAGUGCUGUAUGACCUGAGCCGGCAGAUCCCUCAGCUCAAGAAGGACAUCCAGGACGGACUGCUGAAGAUGCUGUCGCUGGUGCUGAUGCAUAAACCUCUGCGCCACCCGGGCAUGCCCAAGGGCCUGGCACACCAGCUGGCCUCGCCAAGCCUCACCAACAUUCCCGAAGCCAGUGACGUGGGCAGCAUCACCCUGGCCCUGCGGACACUCGGCAGCUUCGAGUUUGAAGGACAUUCUCUGACCCAGUUUGUGCGCCACUGCGCCGACCACUUCCUGAACAGCGAGCACAAGGAGAUCCGCAUGGAGGCGGCGCGCACCUGCUCGCGUCUGCUCACGCCCUCCAUCCACCUGAUCAGCGGCCACGGCCACGUGGUCAGCCAGACGGCCGUGCAGGUGGUGGCCGACGUCCUCAGCAAGCUGCUGGUGGUGGGCAUCACUGACCCAGACCCAGACAUCCGCUACUGUGUGCUGGCCUCGCUGGACGAGCGCUUCGACGCCCACCUGGCGCAGGCGGAGAACCUGCAGGCGUUGUUCGUGGCCCUGAACGACGAAGUGUUCGAGAUCCGCGAGCUCGCCAUCUGCACCAUCGGUCGCCUCAGCAGCAUGAACCCCGCCUUUGUCAUGCCCUUCCUGCGCAAGAUGCUCAUCCAGAUCCUGACGGAGCUGGAGCACAGCGGCGUGGGCCGCAACAAGGAGCAGAGCGCCCGCAUGCUGGGCCACCUGGUGUCCAAUGCCCCACGCCUCAUCCGACCCUACAUGGAGCCCAUCCUGAAGGCUCUCAUCUUGAAGCUUAAGGACCCAGACCCAAACCCGGGAGUGGUGAUCAGCGUGCUGGCCACCAUUGGGGAGUUGGCUCAGGUGAACUUUGGCCCUGCGUCAGCCAGGAGGCAGCAGGAGAGCAGGCUUAGAGGCAGGCUGACAGUGCAGCGGCGAGGCAGUGCAGGAGACGCCAAAGUAGAGCGCGUCUGUGACGCGGCAGAGCGCAGACAGGUGAGCGGGCUGGAGAUGAGGAAGUGGAUGGACGAGCUGUUCCCCAUCAUCAUGGACAUGCUGCAGGACUCUUCCUCCCUGGCCAAGAGACAGGUGGCACUGUGGACCUUAGGUCAACAGGUGGCCAGCACCGGGUAUGUGGUGGAGCCGUACAGGAAGUACCCCUCGCUUCUGGAGGUGCUGCUGAAUUUCCUGAAGACAGAACAGAACCAAGGAAUCAGGAGAGAGGCUAUCCGUGUGUUGGGGUUACUGGGAGCACUUGACCCCUAUAAGCACAAGGUCAACAUUGGCAUGAUCGACCAAUCCCGAGACGCCUCUGCAGUCAGCCUCUCAGAGUCGAAAUCCAGCCAAGACUCUGCUGACUACAGCACCAGCGAGAUGCUGGUGAACAUGGGCAACCUCCCGCUGGACGAGUUCUACCCAGCGGUUGCCAUAGUGACACUGAUGCGAAUCCUACGCGACCCGUCGCUCUCCAACCACCACACCAUGGUGGUGCAGGCUGUCACCUUUAUCUUCAAGUCCCUGGGGCUCAAGUGUGUGCAGUUUCUCCCUCAGGUCAUGCCCACCUUCCUUAACGUCAUCCGUGUGUGUGACGCCAGCAUUCGGGAGUUCCUCUUCCAGCAGAUGGGUAUGGUGGUAUGCUUCGUCAAGAUCCAUAUCCGCCCCUACAUGGACGACAUCUUCACCCUCAUCAGAGAGUACUGGACACCCAACAAUCCCAUGCAGAAUACCAUUAUCCUGUUGAUCGAGCAGAUAGUGGUUGCUCUGGGAGGGGAGUUCAAGCUGUACCUGCCCCAGCUCAUUCCCCACAUGCUGCGCGUCUUCAUGCACGACAACAGCACAGGCCGAAGCGUCACCAUCAAGCUCCUCAAUGCUAUCCAGCUCUUCGGUGCCAACUUGGACGACUACCUCCACCUGCUGCUGCCCCCCAUAGUGAAGCUGUUUGAUGCACCGGAUGUUCCCUUACAGGCUCGCAAGGUUGCCUUAGAGACCUUGGACAGACUCACUGAGUCCCUCGACUUCACCGAUUACGCCUCUCGCAUCAUCCACCCGAUAGUUCGCACCUUGGACGGCACCCCUGAGCUGCGGUCCACGGGCAUGGACACCCUGUCCUCACUGGUCUUCCAGCUUGGCAAAAAGUACCAGAUCUUCAUCCCCAUGGUGAAUAAGGUGAUGCUAAAGCACAGGAUCAACCAUCAGCGUUACGACGUUCUCAUCUGUCGAAUCGUGAAGGGGUACACCCUAGCGGAGGAGGAGGAGGACCCACUGAUCUUCCAGCACCGACAGCUACGGGGGAACCAGGGUGACGCGCUGGUCAGCGGCCCCGUGGAGUCGGGCCCCAUGAAGAAGCUGCACGUUAGCACCACCGCCCUGCAGAAGGCGUGGGGCGCUGCCAGGAAGGUGUCAAAGGACGACUGGCUGGAGUGGCUGCGGCGUCUGAGCGUGGUGCUGCUGAAGGAGUCGUCCUCGCCCGCCCUGCGAUCCUGCUGGUCCCUGGCGCAGACCUACAUCCCCCUCGCCAGGGACCUGUUCAACGCGGCCUUCCUGUCGUGCUGGUCAGAGCUGAGUGAGGACCAGCAGGAUGAGCUGAUCCGCAGCAUUGAACUGGCCCUCACCUCGCAGGACAUCGCCGAGGUCACACAGACCCUCCUCAACCUGGCCGAGUUCAUGGAGCACAGCGACAAGGGUCCUUUACCGCUGAGAGAUGACAAUGGCAUCGUGUUGCUGGGGGAGCGGGCGGCUAAGUGUCGUGCCUACGCUAAAGCCCUGCACUACAAAGAGCUGGAAUUCCAGAAGGGUCCUUCACCCCUCAUUCUAGAGUCCCUCAUCAGCAUCAACAACAAAUUGCAGCAGCCGGAGGCGGCAUCGGGAGUGCUGGAGUACGCCAUGAAACAUUUCGGCGAACUGGAGAUCCAGGCGACUUGGUACGAGAAGCUCCACGAGUGGGAAGAUGCCCUGGUGGCCUACGACAAGAAAAUUGACCUAAACAAAGAAGACCCCGAGCUCAUCCUAGGCCGCAUGCGCUGUCUUGAGGCACUAGGAGAAUGGGGGCAGCUACAUCAGCAGUGCUGUGAGGAGUGGACACUGGUCAGUGAGGAGACCCAGGCUAAGAUGGCCCGCAUGGCCGCCGCUGCUGCCUGGGGAUUGGGCCACUGGGACAGCAUGGAGGAGUACACCUGCAUGAUUCCCAGGGACACCCAUGACGGAGCCUUCUACCGCGCAGUGCUGGCCCUGCAUCAGGACCUCUUCUCUCUGGCUCAGCAGUGUAUUGACAAGGCGAGGGACCUUCUGGACGCAGAGCUGACAGCCAUGGCCGGGGAGAGCUACAGUCGAGCAUACGGGGCCAUGGUGUCGUGUCAGAUGCUGUCAGAACUGGAGGAGGUGAUCCAGUACAAACUGGUGCCUGAACGCAGGGACAUCAUCCGAGAGACCUGGUGGGAGAGACUACAGGGCUGCCAGCGAAUCGUGGAGGACUGGCAGCGUAUCCUGAUGGUGCGCUCGCUGGUCAUCAACCCGCACGAAGACAUGCGCACCUGGCUUAAGUACGCCAGCCUCUGCGGCAAGAGCGGGCGUCUGGUGAGUGGACACCAUGAGGACGUCAGGGAGCAGACUGGACAGAUGGCCCUGGCCCACAAGACCCUGGUGCUCCUGCUGGGAGUUGACCCGUCCAAACAGCUGGACCACCCCCUGCCCACGGCGCAUCCCCACGUCACAUACGCCUACAUGAAGUACAUGUGGAAGAGCACCCGCAAGAUUGAUGCCUUCCAGCACAUGCAGCACUUUGUGCAGGGCAUGCAGCAGCAGGCACAGCACGCCAUCGCAGCCGAGGACCAGCAGCACAAACUGGAGCUGCACAAGCUCAUGGCCAGGUGCUUCCUGAAGCUGGGAGAGUGGCAGCUCAGUCUGCAAGGCAUCAAUGAGAGCACCAUCCCCAAAGUGCUACAGUAUUACAGCCAUUCCACUGAGCACGACCGCAACUGGUACAAGGCAUGGCACGCAUGGGCAGUGAUGAACUUUGAGGCGGUGCUGCACUACAAACAUCAGAACCAGGGCCGUGACGAGCGCAAGAAGCUGCGGCACGCUAGCGGCGCCAGCGAGGCCAGCAACAGCGACAGCGAGGCCGACAGCGCCGACCACAGCCCCAUCCCCUCACCCGGACAGAAGAAGGUCAACGAGGACCUCUCCAAGACUCUGCUGCUGUACACGGUGCCUGCCGUCCAGGGCUUCUUCCGCUCCAUCUCCCUCUCCCGCGGGAACAACCUGCAGGACACGCUGAGAGUCCUCACAUUGUGGUUUGACUAUGGCCACUGGCCCGAGGUCAACGAGGCCUUGGUUGAAGGAAUCAAGACCAUUCAGAUCGACACCUGGCUACAGGUGAUCCCGCAGCUGAUUGCUCGUAUCGACACGCCACGAGCUCUGGUCGGCCGUCUCAUCCACCAGCUGCUCACGGACAUCGGACGCUACCACCCCCAGGCUUUGAUCUACCCGCUGACCGUGGCCUCCAAAUCUACAACCACGGCACGGCACAAUGCUGCUAACAAAAUCCUGAAGAACAUGUGCGAGCACUGCAAUACCUUAGUACAACAGGCCAUCAUGGUAAGUGAAGAGCUAAUCCGUGUGGCCAUCCUGUGGCACGAGAUGUGGCAUGAGGGACUGGAGGAGGCAUCGCGCCUCUACUUCGGCGAGCGCAACGUGAAGGGCAUGUUCGCCGUGCUGGAACCCCUCCACGCCAUGAUGGAGAGGGGCCCACAGACCCUCAAAGAGACCUCCUUCAACCAGGCCUACGGCCGUGACCUGAUGGAGGCUCAGGACUGGUGCAGGAAGUACAUGCGCUCGGGCAACGUGAAGGACCUGACCCAGGCCUGGGACCUGUACUACCACGUCUUCAGGAGGAUCUCCAAGCAGCUGCCCCAGCUCACCUCACUGGAGCUGCAGUACGUCUCGCCGAAGCUGCUGAUGUGCCGGGACCUGGAGCUGGCCGUGCCUGGCACCUACGACCCUAACCAGCCCAUCAUCCGCAUCCAGUCCAUCGCCCCCUCGCUGCAGGUCAUCACGUCCAAGCAGCGCCCGCGCAAGCUCACCAUCAUGGGCAGCAACGGGCAUGAGUUCAUGUUCCUGCUGAAGGGCCACGAGGAUCUGCGGCAGGACGAGAGGGUGAUGCAGCUCUUUGGACUGGUGAACACACUGCUGGCCAACGACCCGGCAUCUCUGCGCAAAAACCUGAGCAUCCAGCGGUAUGCAGUGAUUCCUCUGUCCACCAACUCUGGUCUGAUUGGAUGGGUACCUCACUGUGACACACUCCACGCCCUCAUCAGAGACUAUCGUGAGAAAAAGAAGAUCCUGCUCAACAUUGAACACCGUAUUAUGCUCAGGAUGGCUCCAGACUACGACCACCUGACCCUGAUGGAGAAGGUGGAGGUGUUUGAGCACGCUGUCAACAACACGGCCGGGGACGACCUGGCCAAGCUGCUGUGGCUCAAGAGUCCCAGUUCAGAGGUUUGGUUUGACAGGCGGACAAACUACACACGCUCCUUAGCUGUCAUGUCUAUGGUUGGCUACAUCUUAGGACUGGGAGAUAGGCAUCCAUCCAACCUGAUGUUGGAUAGGCUCAGCGGAAAGAUCCUCCACAUAGACUUUGGUGAUUGUUUUGAGGUUGCCAUGACGAGGGAGAAAUUCCCUGAGAAAAUCCCUUUUAGACUGACCAGAAUGCUGACUAAUGCCAUGGAGGUGACUGGCCUGGACGGCAACUACAGGAUCACGUGCCACACUGUCAUGGAGGUGUUGAGGGAACACAGAGACAGCGUCAUGGCCGUGCUGGAGGCCUUCGUGUACGACCCCUUACUCAACUGGAGGCUGAUGGACACCAACACCAAAGGAAACAAGCGAUCCAGGAACAGGACCGACUCCUACUCCGCCGGACAAUCCGUGGGUAAGUCCUCACUUCCAAGAGAAGCGCUGGACGGCAUCGACCUCGGCGAGACCACCCACAAGAAGCCAGGAACCACCGUGCCUGAAUCCAUCCACUCCUUCAUUGGUGAUGGCCUUGUACAGCCCGAGGCUCUGAACAAAAAAGCCAUCCAGAUCAUCAACCGGGUGCGAGACAAACUGACCGGUCGGGAUUUCUCUCACGAUGAGACCUUGGAUGUGCCGACCCAAGUGGAGCUUCUAAUUAAACAAGCAACAUCGCAUGAGAACUUGUGCCAGUGCUACAUUGGAUGGUGUCCAUUUUGGUAGAGGAGCACCUCAGCCUUGCUUUGCAGUCUUUGUCCUUUGCUAAUAUUUCUACAGUGGCCAUAAUUCAUAAGGAGAAAUGAGUCUGCUUUAUAGACUAGUGAUGAUGUGUUGCAAUUAAUAAGACUUUUUCCAAGUAUUUCAAACUUUUAUUAACUUAAUAUCUCACAACUGAAGGUUAACUGAAGGUUAACUGAUGCACAAUAUGAAUUGAGAGACUUGAUUACACAUAUGUUGACUAUGAAUAAAUGAUGAAUAAACGGUU